UCCUCGCAAAUUCUCCACCCAAAAACUUCUUUUUCUCUCUCUCUCUCAAAAUCAGAAACAUGGAGGUUUCAGAGAGGAAGCCUUAUUUCAUCGAAGAAGAAGAUGAGUUGGCUUCUUCUUUAUCGGAGAUGGAGGCUGGGUUUUCUGGUAACAGGGUGAACUCACAAAACGGCAUCGUUCCAAGUUUUUUCUCUUACGUCAGAAUGAACAGUUUCAGCAAAAACACUAACUCCUAUUACAACAACUACAACCAUCCAAGUUAUUAUCAUCAUCAAUACUCUGUUUCCUCUCCGAGAUCCGCCGUUUCUGGAAGAUUCUAUGAUUUCAGAUUCGAUAAUCGACAGCCUCAUUUCUUGGAUUCGUGUUUCCUCUGUCAGAAACCACUCGGUGAUAACAGAGACAUCUAUAUGUACAGAGGAGACGUACCGUUUUGCAGUGAAGAAUGUAGACAAGAACAGAUAGAGAGAGAUGAAGCAAAAGAGAAGAAACAGAGUCUGUCUUAUUCUGUGAAAUCAGCAAUGAGGAGAAAAGAACAAAGAAGCUCUUCUUCUUCUCCAACUAGAUCUCGUGGUUAUUCAUGUCACAACGGAACUAUUGCUGCUGCUUGAGAUUCUGAAUCUGACGACGAGUUUGGGAAUUAUAAUAAUAAUAAUAAAAAGGAAAACAAAAAGACAAAAACAAAAGAAGAAGUGAGAUUGUGUAAGUGUCGAAUCUGGUUUUGGGAUUCUCUUUUAUCUUUUUUUCUAAAUCUGAAGACCGCUUUGCUUUAGCUUGAAGUUUCAGGGAAAGCUAAAGAUCCGUCAGCUUCUUCAUUAGUUUUAUUUUUUUGUUUAACUUGAAAGUUUUGGGAGUACAUGAGAAGAGAGAAAUGUAAAUGCCUGUGUGAGUUAUAAAGUCCAUGGGGCAUGCUUGAGUAAUCUUCUCGUGUAUCUUUUGUGUAAGAAAACAAAUACAUAUGUGACAGUAUUACAAGUUCAACCAUGAAAAUAUAUAUACAAGGUAUUAAA